AUGCGUUCUAGCAAGAUGCGUACGAGUGUGAGUCUCAUCGCCGCAGCUGUGAUCCACGGCUCGGCUGCAUUGAGCUGUUGCAACCACACCAUCUCUCGGGAUGUUGUCGUUGUUGGUGGUGGUGCCGCUGGUUCCCACGCUGCCGUUUGGUUGAGGGAUCACGGUCAGAGUGUGGUUGUUGUAGAGAAGGCCAGCCAACUUGGUGGACAUACGGCUUUCUACCAUGACCCAGUCUCCAACAAGUCCAUCAACGUCGGUGUGCAGGCGUGGAUGGAAUACAAGGACGCUUUCGACUUCCCCAAGCGCAUGAACGUCUCAACCAGCGGGUCGAUGCAGUUCACCACGCUCGACUACAAGUACGUCGACUUCACGACGGGCUCGCCGGUAGCAGGCUGGGCUGCGCCCUCGACAGACGCCAUGUACCCCGCGCUGCAGAGGUACCUCGACGUCCUCGAGAAGUACGAGAACAUCACACUCCCGGGCUUUGAGAAUUUCCCCGACCCGGACGCCAUCCCAGAGGACCUGGUCAUGCCCUUCCGCGACUUUGUCGAAAAGUACGACAUCGCCGCCGCUGUGCCCCAGAUCUGGGACUCUACCGCCCAGGGCCUCGGCGACACCAUGGACGUCCCGACCUUGUUCGUCAUGCAGGCCUCCGGAGUCCCCAUGGUGCGCGCGUUGCUGGGAACCGCCGCCUCCGCGGUCCCCGCCUCGGGCCGCCUCUACGAGCUGUACGAGAGCGUCGCCAACUUCCUCGGCGACGACGUUCUCUACUCCAGUACCGUCAUCUCUACGGCCCAACGCACUGACGAGGGUAUCUCCGUGAAGGUCGCAGGCACCGACGGCACCCUGACCUGCAUCGACGCAAAGCGCCUGCUCAUCGCCUUCGAGCCGACCCCCGAGAGCCUGGCGCCCUUCCAACCGGACGAGACGGAGGAAGAAGUCUUUAGCAAGAUCGAGUUCACCACCGUCUACGCAGGCGUCCUACGCCACCCGUCGCUGCAGAUCAGCACCGCCUACUCCAACAGGUCGCCGGCUCCCGGGUCGACCAACUACACCGUCUUCCCCACCCCUUCGCAGGUGGGCCGCAUCGACUACCUCGGCGGCACCAAGGAUCUGUUCCAGUUCACGGCCGUCGGCACGGACAAGGAUACCCCCGAGACGAUCAAGGCCGUCAUUGCCAAGUCCAUUGACAACUUGAUCGGGGCCGGGAUCGUUCCUGCGUCCAACGGCACGCUCAGUUUUGCUGCUUUUGCGAACCACGGCAAGAUGCACCCGCGCGUCACCGACGAUGAGCUCCGUGCUGGAUUCAUCCAGAAGCAGACAGCCCUCCAGGGCCGACGCUCUACUUGGUACACGGGGGCAGCUUUUUCUGCGGGAUUCUCGACUGUGGUAUGGGAGUACAACAAUGUGAUCUUGCCUAAACUGAUUGAGGGAUUGUAA